AUGUAUGAGGUUUCUUCUAAAUUCGAUGAACCUCGAGCAAGAGUUGUCACGAAUCCAGUGUUUGCGGUUGAGGUACCGAGAGGGAAGUGGUUGGUGGUCGGGAACCAGGUGAUCAACUCGCGUGGAUUCCAGGGUAUGAUGGGCGCAGGAUUCAAGGUCAUAGUACCGGAUUCUACUCCCGACUACUCACCCACUGCAAUGCCAUAUAUGGGAUCGGACUGGAUCUGGCUUUACUCUGGCGCAUCUACACUGCUGCCGCUACUGUUCCCGUUGUUUGCCGCCGUCUUUGGCGCGACGAUGAUUUGGAAGCAGUUUACUAGUAUCAGAGCCGUGGAAAAAGACUGCGAAGAGAUGAUGCAAUGGAAGGAUUACUAUGAAAGACAUCUCAUGCCUAAAUAUCCUUCUGUUCCUAACAUAUAUGAUUAA